AUGAAGGCUGAGGGAUACAAUGUGACACGCUUCCCAGAGAUCAGCCAUGCCGUGAAAACCACAUUCCCAUUUAAAUGUACAUUCUCCAUCUUCAUUGCUUUCAUCAGAGUCUACCGACAAUUGGGAUUAUAUUUAAAGGAACGACGCUUAUGUGCCCAUCCAAUUUUGGAGGUUUAUGAUGACCGCAACAUCCAUUUCAUUGCCCCAUUGGCCAAGCAGAAUGACUUUUAUGUUGAAGAAGCCAAGUCCUGUGCAACUGAAGAGCAAGGUUCAGAUGAAGAAGACAGCACAAAUGAGACAGUCAGCAAUUACAGCUGUUCAGCCAGUGAACAAUCAGGUCGAAGUUUCUCAACAUUCUCCACAGAGGCAAGUGACUUGUCAACUACAACCACAGCCACAGGAACUGCAUGUUUUAACAGCAGUUCUUUGAGUGGAUUCACCGAUUCCUCCAAGUCAGUGAGUAGAGAGAAAUCCCUGACACCUGCAAUGGAGAAUCCAAUCAAGGAGGAGCAACAAGAAAUGGUGGAAGCUAUUUCAGUGGCUUCUCCUCUGCUGGUGAAAGCCGAAUCUUCACCUGUGUCUGUGGAUGAUGAUCAAGAGUGGGAAAAUCUUGGAGACUUUCGGCCUCAGGAUGAAGAGGAGCUUGAGGCAUCAAUUCCUCCAGCACAAGAAAUUGCAACAACUCCUGCUACUCCCGAUUCUGCUGAUUUGGUUCUGCUGGGUAACCUGCAGGAUGGCCAGUUACAGGAUGAGGACGUCUCCCCUUCUAAAGAAAUGACACCACUUUUGCAGCAAGAAGAUAAAAAUCUCCUGCAGAAUAGCGUUGCUUCCAAUCUUGAAGAGUCCGGGUUCAGUGAGUCAGUCAUGUCAACUCUCCAAGAUUCAGGACUUGGAACUGAAGAGUCUUCUGCAACUGACCCCCAAUUGGCUGCAGCAGGGAGAAGCAACACACCUGUUGAUGUUGUUGCUCCUGCAACUUUGCCCCUCCAACUCCCUCUUCAACCAUCUUCUCCACCCCAACAGCAGCAACAGCAGCAGCCACAGUCCCCACAACUUGUUGAAAUAGAAAGUGAUACUGCUUCAGAACACAGCACUGGGUCUUCUUCCUAUGAAGAAGUUAAGCUUGCAGAAGUUACAGAUGCAUAA